AUGCCUAGGAGAAGCGCGAGGCUAGUAACCGGAGGGUACUAUAACCAGUCCUCCGAUGAUGAGUCUUCCUCCUGCAUCUCCUACAGGGAGAGCCCCGUCAGGGUUUUCAAUAAGAAGAGAACUGGGGGACAUAAGGAUUCUUCCCGAUCCAGUCAGGCCAGCAGCACUGUCAGUGCCACCAACUUCACCAAUGAGCGAAACAUCAAUGCUGAUGACAUUGAUUUGUCUCCAACAUUGAGGGUCACCCAGAGAAGGCAGACCUUCCUGUCUCCUCCUAGUGUGGCCCCCAGUGUGGCCCUGGACCCCAGCCUGAGCUUCUCAAGCAUGAGCUACUGCUCUGAAGAGCCACAAAGGCCUAGGACAUGCUCCAGCAGGAGCUUCUCUAGUGGAAUUGGCACAAGGACCGAUGCUAUUUUCACCCGUUCAUGGUUGCCUUCCUGGUUUGCCAUCCUGCUCUUCCUCCUCCCCUUUCUUCUGACCUUCGCCGUAUUCCUGUUUUCGACUGCAUUCCCCACCAUGAACCUUAAUCUGAUGACCCGACCGACUCAACCUGACCCUCGACCUGAUCUGACUCAAAAGACUACGCAUGGAACUCCUAUCAUGAAUUCAGCUUUCGAAAUGCAAAUGGAUACUAUACUGAGAGAGAUUGAAAUUAUGAAACAGAAAGAAAACCAGCAACAGGACAUUUCCGAGAUGUUACAAAGAAUGACUAAGGACCUGAGGUGUGUGAAGACCGAGAUUGACGACAUGAGAGUGAGGGUGGACAGUGUGGACUUUGAGAGUGUGAGCUUUGAUCGUCGCCUGGAUCAGGAAGCUACAGAGUUCAGCAAGCAGGUGGCUGAUCUACAAGAACACCUACUCUUUACUAGAGGAAGAGUUAGGGCCCUGGAGGACGUCAGCGACACGCUGCAGCAUCAGGUGACCUCUAUAAAGAACCAGCCUCCUUCCGCUCUGACACCAACCAACACACACCUGACCCCUGAGUUCAUAGAGGCCAUGGGCAAAUGGCUCAGAGAUAGAUUGGCCCAGGAUGAGAGACAGGAUGUGAAACAGGUGGUGAAAGACUGCAGUCGUCCACUGGCUGACAAAAUGCCCAACUUCGCCCUCGAGUCCCAAGGUUUGUGA